AUGACACAAACCGACGCCACCCCAACCCCAACCACCACCAAACACAAACCCAUCCCCAUCACCAUCGUCACCGGCUUCCUCGGCGCCGGCAAAACCACCCUCAUCCUCAACCUGGUCCCCCAACUCCGCGCCCUCAACCCCACCUACAAACUCGCCCUCCUCAAAAACGAAUUCGGCGACCUGGCCAUCGACACCCAGCUCGCCUCCUCCUCCGCCAUCGCCGGCGUGACCGAGCUCCUCAACGGCUGCAUCUGCUGCAACCUGGUCGGGCAGCUGGGGCCGGCCCUCGCCGAAUUGCGCGCCACCGCCACCCCGGACCGCGUCAUCAUCGAGACGAGCGGCAGCGCUUUUCCGGCCACCCUCGCGCUGGAGGUGAAUCGCCUGGCGAGGGAGACUGGUGGGGAGUAUGUCCUGGAUGGGGUGGUCAGCGUGAUUGAUGUGGAGAAUUGGAGGGGGUAUGAGGAUACGAGCUAUACGGCGCGGCUGCAGGCGAGGUAUACGGAUUUGGUGGUGUUUAAUAAGUGGGAGGGGUGUGGGGAGAGGAGGUUUGAUGAGGUGUUGGAUCGGUUGGGGGAUUUGGAGGUUGAUGUUGCGUGGGUGAAGAGUGAUAAGGGGUGGGUGGAUGCGGGGGUGGUGUUUGGUGUGGAUGGGGGGUUGGCGAGGGGGUUGGAGGAUGAGAAGGAGCUGAGUGGUCAGGAUGGGUGUAAGCAUGAGGAUGGGUGCGGGCAUGACCAUAAGAAGGACGAGCACCACCAGUCCGAGGUGGAGGUGCUGUCGGUGGAGUUGAAGGGUGCGCAAGGGGCGGCGGCCGAUGCGGGUAAGCUGAUGAGCUUCCUCAAGAGCACGCCGAAGGACGAGGUCUACCGAAUCAAGGCCGUGUUGACGGUGGCGGGGGCGGUCAAGAACUCGGACGAGGAUGUGUUGCUGCCGGCGUCAUCACAUUCGACGAGCAGGUACAUUUUGAAUUGGGCAUUUGGGAGGUGGACCUUUACGCCUGUGGCGGAGGACGUCGCGGAGCAUGCGUCGAGUAGCGAGGCCAUCUUGAGGAUGACGGUAAUUUUGGCGAGAUAUGAGAGCACCAAGUGGAAGAAGAAGCUGGAUGCUGGGGGGUUGCUAGAAUUAGACGGCGCAGAUAAGGGGAUGUUGACGGUGACGAAGGUCAACUAG